UUAUUUAUGUAUUUCUUUGUCUGUAUGCUAAUGAGUGGGGGCGUGUUUCACCUCAGACAUUAGCAAUCGAUCUCAGAGCGGCGGUGCUGAAGCUUUGAGGCCACAGGGACACCUUGUGGUGUGACCAAAUGAAACGAGGUGGACGAAGUUGCAUAGAGAAGGCAAUCUAGUCAUUUAAUAUCACCCUAACUGUAUGUAGAUAGGGUUACCACACAUAGCCUACAUACUCUUUAUUAGGGACAUUGCCGUAAAACAUUAUUCGGUCGAGAUUUCUAAAAUGUCUUUGCACACAUGAACAGAAACUGCACAACAACAGGUCUGCUAUGAGACACUUGGAAGAAUACACUUGGACAUGGAAGCGCGUGAAAUUAUCCACUAGUAAUCACAUUUAAUGUAAAUGCGCUGGAUGGAGCUGAUAAAUUGUUUGUCGAUGAGACUCGCACAAACCAGCUCAGAACGCCGAGAGAAACCAGCGCAUUUCACUGAAGUCUACGCAAGCAUUAUGAUCAAUGCGUUUGAAACGCGUCUGCAAAUACAGUUUACAUUCGCGUUUCCUAACUUUGCAAUGCAUAACACGUGGCAUUUCGAAUGCUUAAAUUAUAACACAUAUUUCCAUAAGUGUAAUUUGAACGCGCCACAUCGAGUAAGUUAUACAGGGGAAAAGUAAGUUAGUUAUGUAAGUAACUUACUUACUGUAUAAGUAAGUAAGUUAUACAGGGGAAACAGAUGGAAAAAUAAUAUCUUUAAAAAAUCUUAUUUUCACUUAUUACACAAGCAUUGCCAGAUAGGCUACAAAUAUACAACAAACUUUCUAAAUUUUGUUUUGAACUCAUGAAACUACAAAGUUGUGACUUUUUCCAUUUAUUGGAGUUUUUUUUAUCAAAUAUCAAAAUGUAAUUAAUCUUGCAAUAGACGAUAGCAACGGCAUGUCAAGAACAAUAAGGACGAAUAUAUAGCAUCAAAGUGCAAUUAAGCGCAAAAUGUUUGGUACAUGUAUGACUUGAACAGCCAUUUUCAAAUAUUUUCAUCGUUUAUUACAAAUAAAUACCUUUACAAUCUGAUAUGUGAUAGGGAAAAAGUUCAGCAGACAGCAGUCCCAAACCCACGACGACAUGAAGUAGGUAACACAUGCUAGGGCUGCACGAUUAAUCGUUUGUAAAUCGAAAUCGCGAUUUGAAAGAAUGCGAUUUUCUAAUCGCAAGGCAUGCGAUUAUUUCGAUUAAGACCAUCAAAUACAAAUAUAGAAAUAACACGCAUACACGUAGUCGUUGAAAGUUUGGUACUGCGCAUUUUACGCUUGACGCAGAGUUUAACCAGUAGGGGGCAUUUUAACACUGCGCCGCUGAUAUGCAACGAACGUCAUUUGGAAAAGAUGAGCGCCAUCGGGAGCAGCAGUUCAACUUCACAACAAAGUGUGUCUGCAGAAGAGCCUGUAGAUGACUUGGUACCUAAAAAAAAGCACCGCAUACGUCUGGAAUCAUUUUGGAUUUCAACGUUCCGAUAUACUUCAGAGGCAAGUACUGUGUAAAACAUGCCGAACGUCUGUGUUGACCUCGCGAGGCAACGCGACCAACCUAUAUCAACACCUGCGAAAGUACCACAGACAACUGUAUGAUGAAUGCAUGGGCACAAAGUCCAAUGAUGAACAAACUUUGUUGCAACCACCGCGAUCGAAGCAAACUUCAAUUACUCAAGAGUUAGAAAGUGGUACAUCUUAUGACAAGUCUUCACGAAGGUACAACGAAAUAUCUGACGCUAUAACAAGAUACCUGGCUAAAGAUAUGGUACCAAUUAACGCUAUCACAAAAGACGGAUUCAGGAAUCUUAUCCUAACGCUCGAUAAAAGAUAUCGCAUUCCCUCUCGUGUGUUUUUUACUCAAUCCAUACAAAAACUGUACGAUACGACUCGGAAGAAGGUUGAAGCUGAGCUGAAAGAGGUGGGAUAUUACGCGACGACGACUGACAUGUGGUCCAGUAGGACCACUGAACCAUAUCAAAGUCUCACUGUGCAUUUCAUAAGUGAGGAUUUUGAAUUAAAGAGUCAUUGUUUACAAACGUCGUACUUCCCCAUUGAUCAUACGGGAGAGAACAUUGCUUCUGCUUUAAAAGAUGCUUUGGCUGCCUGGGGUCUGAAAGAAGAAGGCCAAUCGUGCAUCACUACUGACAACGCGGCUAACAUGAUAAGGGCAAUGGAAAUAAAUGGAUGGACAAGACUUCAGUGCUUUGGUCACAGACUCCAUCUUGCUAUCGAAAAUGCACUGAAAGAUGACAGGGUUCAGCGAGCAGUAGGCGUUUGCAAGAAGCUGGUCAGUCAAUUCUCCUACAGCUGGAAAAAAAGAAUGGCAUUGGCUGCAGCCCAAAAAGAGUUGAAUCUAACUGAGCACUCAUUGAUUAAGGAGUGCCCAACGAGAUAG